ACCUAGAAGCUCAACCCAGCAACACCAUGGUCAGCUCCUGUUGUGGCUCCACCUGCUCUGGCCUGAGCUGUGGCUCUGGCUGCUGUGCUCCCUGCUGCUGCCGCCCAGCCUGCUGCCUUAGGCCAGCCUGCUGCCAGAGCACCUGCUGCAGGACCAACUGUUAUAGGCCCACCUGCAUUGUUUCCACCUGCUGCCGCCCCAGCUGCUGUGGGUCCAGCUGCUGCCAGCCCUGCUGCCGCCCCAGCUGCUGUGGGUCCAGCUGUUGCCAGCCUUGUUGCCGCCCCAGCUGCUGUGUGACUAGCUGCUGCCAGCCCUGCUGCCGCCCAAGCUGUUGUGUGUCCAGCUGUUGCCAGCCUUGUUGCCGCCCCAGCUGCUGUGGGUCCAGCUGUUGCCAGCCUUGUUGCCGCCCCAGCUGCUGUGGGUCCAGCUGCUGCCAGCCUUGCUGCCGCCCCAGCUGCUGCUGCCGCCCAACUUGCUGUAGACCAAGUUGCUGUCAGUCUGUGUGCUGCCAACCAACUUGCUGCCGCCCUUCCUGCUGUCAGUCUAGUUGCUGCCGCCCCAGCUGCUGUGUGUCCAGCUGCUGCCAGCCUUGCUGCCGCCCCAUCUCCUGCCAGACCACCUGCUGCAGAACCACCUGCUGCCGCCCAGCCUGCUACCUGAAAAACCAACUCCUUCUCAUCACCCAACCCAAACCAGAACCAACCAACACCAUGGUCCAAUCCUGCUGUGGCUCUGUGUCCUCUGGCUGUUGCCAGCCCAGCUGUUGUCUGACCAGCUGCUGCCAGCCCAUCUGUUGCCAGACUACCUGUUGCCAGCCUAGCUGUUGCCAGUCUAGCUGCUGCCAGCCCAGCUGUUGCCAGUCUAGCUGCUGCCAGCCCAGCUGUUGCCAGUCUAGCUGCUGCCAGCCCUGCUGCCCACCCAGGUGCUGCCUGCCAUUCUCUUGCCAAACCACCGUGUGCCGCCCAGUGACCUGUGUGCCCAGGUGCAGUCGCCCCAUCUGUGACACUUGCUGCCGCCCUCGCUGCUGUGACCCCUGCUGCCUGCAGGAGGGCUGCUGCCGCCCCAUUGCCUGCUGCCCCACCUCCUGCACAGCUGUGGUCUGCAGACCCUGCUGCUGGGCUUCCACCUGCUGCCAUCCUAUUAAUGUGCAGUCUCCUUGCUGCAGACCCCCUUGCUGCCAGCCAGCCCCCUGCCGCACCACCUGCCGCUCCACCUGCUGCCCUACCUGCUGUUGAGAAUCUAUGGCCUUUCUGAGUCAACCAAGUCAAAUGGAAAAUAUGGCCUCAUGAGAUGCCAAUGUGCAUGCCAAUGUACAUGAUUACAUUCUUCUCUUUCUAAGGAUCAAAUGACAAAUUGUCAUUUUUCCAUGCAUCAGUUUCUAGGAAUUUUCCAUGAAACUUCUAGGAAGUUUCCAUGGAAUCAGUUUCUAGGGGCAAAUAGCUCACUGAUAAUGACCUAGAUGAACUUUGCUAAUUCAUCCCAAUAAGCGAGCAUCCUAACAGGUUCUGACCUUUCUGCAAUCACAUUGGCAUUUAUAAUUUUUCAUAAGAUAUCCUCUGUAUUUUUACUUGUCUUCAAUAAACAUUUUUUCCUGGCAUAGCAAACACUUCUCACUAUAAAUUCUUCAAUUAUUAUGUUCUUUACUCACUCUGUCUUAGCUAGAGCACUAUUUGAAAAAGGUAAAGAAGAAGGUUACAUCUUUUAAAGAUGUAAAGGAUCUC